CGACGCCAGUUUCGCGCCGGUCGCUAUAGGGACCAGAGAGAGGCGGGAUCAAGUGUCUUGGUGGAGGUGUCGGCUUUGCCUUCUGACUGACUGAAGCUGGACUGAGUCUGGGCCGGGUGGCCAGAUGCUGAAACUGAGGCCGACAGAAGUUAAGGAACUUGCCUCUAGAAUUAAUAGUAUCUGAGGUAACAAUUUCAGGAUGCCAGAGAAUUCAGAUGAUUUUCCUUGGGUUUUCGUCAAUAAUGUGGACCAUGCUCUCAGCUCCCUGCAAACCUGUGAGGCUUAUAUUGUUGCCGGAAUGCAAAGUGUCACUAACACUGCCUUAGAUCUUGUGGUAACUCAGACUGAUAUAGGUGAUGAUUACAAUAUGGAAGAGCUGAUGUCUGAAUAUGUUGAAAUGAAUCGAGAUCUGAACCAGUAUAUAACAGCAGUUGAAGCUACCAUAAAUCAGGUAAAAGAUAAAAAUUACCUAAAUCUAACACCAGAUUUAAAGGCAUUAGUUGAAGAGAAAUUAGUGGCUUUAAAAAGGGGCAACAAAGAAGAAGAUCUGAAAAAAGAUGACAGAUUUGUACAGUUUCGCAAACAGCUGAGAGAUGCGAAGAAGCAAUGUGGACUCCCUAUAGACCCAGAUGAUGAUGAUGACUCAGAAGAACAAAUAGAUGAAGAUAUGAUUGUGACCCAAAGUCAGACCAACUUCAUUUGCCCCAUUACUCAGUUGGAAAUGAAGAAACCAGUGAAAAAUAAAGUAUGUGGACACACCUAUGAAGAGGAAGCCAUUAGAAGGAUCGUUGAGUCGAAACACAAAAGAAAGAAAAAGGCAUGCUGCCCCAAAGUUGGCUGUAGUCAUGCAGAUGUAAAGCUGACAGAUCUUGUGCAAGAUGUAGUACUCAGAAAAGCCAUCGAAAACCACAGAAGAAUGGCUGACAGUCAGAAAAAACUGAGCCACUAGGCAAUGCAGAUGUCUACAGCUCGUGUGCCCUUGUGAGAAGGAAAGUCUUUCAGUGUCUGUUGGGAUCACUUGCUUGUUAUUGUGGGGUCACCAGAACAGGUUGCUUACUCUGUUUCAUUUGCAGGUAUAAUUAAAGGUUUCAAACAUAAUCAAAAGUAUUUUUAACUGCCAAGAAACAACUUUCAUUAAAAUUUUUCCUCUUUAAAACUUUUUAUUUGUUAAAUAAAAUGAUU